AUGGAAAUAGUAAUAGAUAAAAAGAUCAAUAUUACUCACGCUAUUAUUUUAUUUUUUGUAAUUUCAAAAGUUUACAAAUCAUACAAAAAUGAUUCAUUUAAGGAAUUGUUAGAACAUUAUAAAACUAAAUUCUAUAAAUUUGCAAAAAGAACUUUCCCCAGUAAAUUCAAAUCAAUUGAUGAGGAAAUUAAUCAAGAGGUAACUCAAAUCAUAUCUGAAAACUUUCCACCAAUGAAAGAUGUUGACGAUCAAUUUGAAAUUCCAAAGAUGGGAAAGGGUAAAGAAUAUAUAUUAGAUCAAUUGGAAAAGAUUCAUAGUAACGACGUGAAUCCAGAUGAAGGUAAACUAUUUGCAUAUUGUUAUCCAACCAAUAAGGAUCAUGAAGAAGUUGUAAUUAAAGCACAUAACAUGUUUGUACAUUUAAAUGCAUUAAACCCAUUGGCUUUCCAAAGUUUAAGAAAAAUGGAAGUUGAAGUAAUUCAAAUGGCAAUUAAUAUGUUAAAUGGUGACCACGAGGCAAAAGGUACAAUGACUACUGGAGGCACAGAGUCAAUUUUAAUGGCAAUGAAAUCAUACAGAGACAGAGCUUUGGAUUUAUACGGAAUUAAGGAUCCUGAAGUAGUGUUACCAAUUACUGCUCACCCUGCAUUCGAAAAAGCUGCUAAAUAUUUUGGUAUUACCACUAGAUAUAUUCAAUUAAAUAAAUCAGAUGACCAAGUAAACUUAAAAGAGUAUGAAACAAAAAUCAAUAAAAAUACAAUUCUAUUAAUAGCAUCAGCACCUCAAUAUCCCCACGGUUUAAUGGAUCCAAUAGAGUCCAUUGCAAAGUUAGCUGAAAAAUAUAAAUUACCAUUGCAUGUAGAUGCAUGUAUUGGUGGUUUCUUUUUACCUUGGUUAGAAAAGUGUGGCUACAAAGUACCUCCAUUCGAUUUCCGUAUUAAACAAGUGACCUCUAUUUCUGCAGAUAUUCACAAGUAUGGUUAUGCUACUAAAGGAUCAUCAGUCUUAUUAUUUAAAAAUAACGAAUAUAGAAAAUAUCAAUUCAUUGCUUAUACACAAUGGCCUGGUGGUUUAUUUGUAUCACCAUCAAUGUUAGGAACUAGAUCUGGUGGUAAUAUUGCUGCAGCAUGGACUUCAAUUGUUUCAAUGGGCGAAAAUGGUUAUAUCGAUUAUGUCAGUAAAAUUAUGGCCACAUCUCAUGCAAUUCAAAAUGGUAUUAAAUUACUACCACUAGGCAACAUCGAAGUCAUUGGUUCACCAGUAAUGUCAAUUAUCUCAAUGAGAUCAAAUAUUGUAAAUAUUCACUCAGUUGCUGAUGUCAUGGAAAAGAAAUUCGGUUGGAAAUUAGAAAGACAACACAGACCAAACUCAAUUCAUAUGACUCUUAGUCCAAGCCAUAUUGGUAUCGAAAAGAAAUUUUUAGAAAACCUUAAAGAAUCUGUUCAAGAUGUUUUAGAUAAUCCUGAUUUAUCCAAAAAAGGUUCUGCAGCUAUGUAUAAUGGUAUCAAUAAUAUUCCACUAACCGCCAUUGCUGAUGAUUUCUUAAUCGAAUUUUUAUCAAAAACCUAUUCAAAAAAUUAA